CAAAAUUAACCUACCCUCUGAUUAUGCUGGCUACCCCUUGGAUCUGCCGCAAUUGCCUCCUGCGGCUUAGAAACCCGCUGGUUAGACAGCAAAUUCGCCUUCAGUCAACUGCUUCCACGUCCGAAGCGAUACCCCUCGCACUCCUCACACGAGCCCGUACUGUUGCUUCCGAGCAUAAGGAACUGACUAAAAAGCUCGCCAAUGGCUUUGACACGCGUGCGGCAAAGAAGUCGGGCGAGUACAGCCCCAUUGUGAAUGCAUUACAGGAUUGGGACAAGGCGAAUGAGUCUGUGGCAGAGCUCACGACCUUAAUACACGAAUCUACGACUGACCCCGAACUACGAUCCCUCGCAGCCGAUGACCUGAGCGAGACGCGGACACAACUUGCCAAUGCCUCACAGAGCUUGAUCACAUCUCUUGUGCCAGUGCACCCCUUCGCCCACCUACCAUGUCUCCUCGAGAUACGGCCUGGUGCGGGUGGUUUAGAAGCUGCCAUUUUCGCAGGCGACUUAUUUCGCAUGUACCAAGCCUUCUGCAACCGCAACGGGCUGCGUACCAACCUUCUGAAGUACGAGAACAUCAACGGCACAACUGAGGCAGGAAUCCCGCUUUCUGAAGCCAUACUCGAGGUGGAGAACGUCAACUCCUAUGGCAUAUUCAGGUGCGAGGCAGGCGUUCAUCGGGUGCAGCGAGUGCCCGCCACUGAGAAUAAGGGGCGCACGCACACCAGUGCAGUAUCAGUGCGUGUGCUGCCAAGUCUGCAAGAGAACUCCGCAGCCGAAGAAAAUUUUGAUGACCCAGAGAGCGACUACUAUAUCGACGUAAAGGAGGUGAAAGUCGAGGUCAUGAGAGCGAGCGGCGCUGGUGGCCAGCACGUCAACAAGACAGAAUCGGCUGUACGGCUUACUCAUCUACCCACAAACACUGUUGUCUCUAUGCAAGAUUCGAGAUCUCAACACAAGAACAAGGAGAAAGCCUGGGCACUUCUACGCUCGCGUAUCGCCCAAUCACGGCGAGAGAAGCGAGAAGAGGAAGUGGCUAAUAUGCGCCGGAGCGUUAUAGGCGUGGCCAAGAUGGGUCGCGGAGACAAGGUGCGAACGUACAAUUGGGGCCAGCAGAGAGUUACCGAUCACAGAAGCGGGACCACAGUGCAUGAUCUCGACGACGUAAUGGAGGGCGGCCCGACGCUCGAACAGGUCAUGGAGAGUGUCCGUAAUUGGCUCAUGGAGAGGGACGUCGAAACUCUGAUCGCUGAAGAGGGUGAGAAGAAGUGAUUGACCUCAUGCUUACUUUCGUAUCAUAUCCCUAAAGCUAUGGACUCUACGCUCCCACAUUGUCGACAUCCCGUGGGAAGUUGUCCUAGGAGAACGGCUAGCCGACCUCGAAGCGUCCCACACCAGAUGGUGAAUCCUCCCGUUAGUAGAGAUCACAUUGCAUUUCUUCCUGAGAAUCGCCAUCCGCCCCAAUCACGACAAUGGAUAGUUAGUCUGAUGCCCACGUCGAUCCCCUCCGUUCACCCGUACCGGAUCAAAACGAGAUGACGAAAACUUCGCAAUA